CUUCCUCGUCACUUUCACACUACUUCAGUACUUUACCAAUGGAAACUUCAUUCUGCUUCUACACUCCAAUUUUCUCCAUAAAACCCUCAAUCCCAAAUUUCUGAUUAUGAAAAUCCCAGAUCAAACAAUGCAGUACAAGAAUCUGGGCAGAUCGGGCUUGAGAGUUUCCCAACUCUCCUAUGGCGCCUGGGUGACUUUCGGCAAUCAGCUUGAUGUCAAGGAGGCUAAAUCCCUCCUUCAGUGUUGCAGGGACUAUGGUGUCAAUUUCUUCGACAACGCAGAGGUUUAUGCUAAUGGCCGGGCCGAGGAAAUCAUGGGUCAGGCAAUCAAGGAACUGGGAUGGAAGCGAUCGGACCUUGUGAUCUCCACCAAGAUUUUCUGGGGUGGUCAGGGCCCGAACGAUAAGGGCCUGUCGAGGAAACAUAUAUUAGAGGGGACGAAGAACUCGUUGAAGAGGCUUGAUAUGGAGUACGUUGAUUUGCUUUAUUGUCACAGGCCCGACAUAAUGACGCCUAUUGAGGAGACUGUGAGGGCUAUGAAUCAUGUGAUUGACAAGGGUUGGGCCUACUAUUGGGGAACUAGCGAAUGGUCGGCUCAGCAGAUCACGGAGGCUUGGGCGGUGGCGGAGAGGCUGGAUCUUGUCGGCCCGAUUGUUGAGCAGCCUGAGUAUAAUCUCUUAUCCAGGCACAAGGUUGAGUUGGAGUAUCUCCCUCUAUACAAUAACUAUGGUAUUGGUCUUACAACCUGGAGUCCACUUGCAUCUGGCGUACUGACCGGAAAGUAUAGCUCGGGAAAUAUUCCACCUGAUAGUAGGUUUGCCUUGGAAAACUAUAAGACUCUAGCUAACAGAUCAUUAGUAGAUGAUGUGAUAAAGAAAGUGAAUGGAUUGAAACCAAUUGCAGACGAACUGGGCGUGCCUUUAUCUCAACUUGCUAUCGCGUGGUGUGCUUCAAAUCCCAAUGUUUCCUCUGUUAUUACUGGUGCCACCAAAGAGUCCCAGAUUCAAGAAAACAUGAAGGCUAUUAAUGUCAUUCCGCUGCUUACACCUGAGGUGAUGGAGAAGAUUGAGGCUGUUGUUCAGAACAAACCAAAGCGUCCAGAUUCGUAUAGGUAGAGAUAAUGUGGAAGAAUCUAUAGGCAUUUUUCGCACCCUAUUGCUGAAACCCAUCUGCAAAUGUAGUUUUCCAUUGCCUGCGAAAGAGUGGGAAUCUUGGUUGUUAUCAAAUACAUUUACUGUUAUAAGCUCUGUUUGUUUUCUGAAUCUGUACUUGGAUCUUUACAUAUUUCGUGGUGACUGGAUUUCUGUAAAAAUAAAGAGCCGCAGCUGCAGGAGUUUAUCGUGGCAUUUUAAGCUA